AGAUCUUAUCCUCACUAUGGCUGCAAUCUUUCAACCAACGAGUUGAGGAAUAUCGUCCUCUUACACUCAGACCAGACGCUCCAGGUUGCAAGAGCCAAGUCAAAAACCAUGUUGGAUCACAUGCGAGCGCCCAAGGUUCUCAAGAACGCAGACGCCAACACUCCUCUGCGCCGAAUCAGGGGUGGGAGAGAAGGAAGGUUGCCAUCGACCAAACAGUGAAGGUGGAGGCAGGAGGCACGACGAAGAUAACUCACGCUAGGGGUGAGGAGAGGACAAUGAGGGCAGCAGGAGCAGCAGCAGUAGCGUAUCAACAUUGUAAGUAAAAUACAUUCAUUACA